AUGAAGCUUACGCCCGAGCUCCUGGCACAGGCCCAGUCGGCUCUCAACCCAAUCAAGGAACGGCAGCUCGACCUGCGAGCAGGUUACAAAAUACCCACCAUCGAAAAUCUUGGUGUCACCAGAGAUCAACACGAUGCUAUAGAUCUCACGGAUAAUGCCAUUAAUGUUUUGGGCAAUCUCCCAUUGCUCAAGCGACUUCAAACUCUGCUGCUCGCCAACAACCGAAUAGCAGCAAUCUCACCUUCACUCCAUCUUUCUGUCCCAAACCUCACCACUCUCGUUCUCACCAACAACAACAUCACUGAACUAGGAGACCUCGAACCGCUGAAGGAUACCAGGAAUCUUCAGUAUCUGUCCCUGCUGGGCAAUCCCGUCAGGGAGAAAAAAUGGUAUCGCGAGUGGCUUGUGUGGAGAAUACCUGGACUAAGAGUUUUGGAUUUCCAGAGAAUCCGGGACAAGGAACGUAAAACUGCAAAGACACUCUUCCUGACGGCCGAUAACUUACCAACGGCGUUGGCGACGACGUUAUCCACCACCGUCUCGACGCAUUCCUCAAAGACCACGCUUACGAUCGACGAACCGAAAGCUGCAAUGCAAACCGGCAAAGCUGGCCGACUCAUGUCGAAAGAGGAUGCAGAGAAGGUCAAGGCAGCUAUAGCAAAGGCCACAUCCGUCGAAGAAAUACGGAAGCUGGAGCGAAGUCUGCGGGAAGGCUACAUGCCGGAGAUGGAGUCUGUAGGGGCAUAG